CGGCAGGUGAGGUUCGGAUCAAAGAUGGGACGACCCAGCGGGUACCUAGCUGCUAGCUGCCCCCACUCCAAGCCAUCCCCACUUCUCAGAAUAGCCCCAUCCAUUCCAUGUAGAAAAAAUGCCAAGACCACAACCACACACACACACACACGCUCACGCACACACACACACACACACACACACACACACACACUAACACACAUACUCACACACUCUCUCACUCACUCUCUCACUACGAGAUACCUAGAGAUCUGAGCAGCAAUGCGGCCCUCCGUUCUGGGGUCUGCCAUGCGGCCAUCAGCAAGUCCCCUUGUCUCGCGUAUCUCAAUGCUCUCGCGCCCGAGUCACAGCUCCCGUCGAUGUCUAUCACACCAAGCAACCGCAACACCAGCACCAGCACCAGCACCAGUACCGGUACAGCCAGCCCGUGCCAUCUCUCAGCUGCUCAAGUGGAAACCUGAGCAAAACGUCGACAAUGUGGUUGUCCAUGGCUAUGUCCGGUCUGUCCGUGGCCUGAAAGCCUGGCGCUUUGUCUCGCUCGCCGAUGGUUCCUCGCUGGAUCCUCUGCAGGCCGUUAUCGAGUCCGGUCUGGCUGAAGGCCUGACUGUCGGCGCGGCCGUCCGACUCACCGGCUCCUGGGUUGCUUCUCCUGGCGCCGCACAAAGCCACGAGUUGCAAGUCAGGGAGGUAAAGGUCUUGGGUUCUUCAGAUGCCAAGACAUUUCCCAUUCAAAAGAAAUAUCAGACACCCGAGUACCUUCGUACUUUGCCGCACUUGCGGCCGAGAACACCGCUCAAUGCUCUCUUGCUGAGAUUGCGGUCCGAAGCCGUAACUUCGUUGACUCAGUUCUUUGCUCGCCAGGAUUUUGUACAGACACACCCGCCCAUCAUCACAUCGUCCGAUUGUGAGGGUGCGGGCGAAGUCUUUACUCUGAACCCGGCCAAUUACACGGCCGGCCAACCUGGCAAGGAGUCUGCUGAUUCACAAGAUUCUUUUUUCCGCUCCAAGAAGUACCUCACAGUUUCGACCCAACUUCAUCUAGAGGCCCUUGCACAGUCAGUCGGCAAUGUCUGGACCCUGUCCCCUGUAUUCCGCGCCGAGCAGAGCGAUACAUCAAGACAUCUCAGCGAGUUCUACAUGCUUGAAGCAGAGAUGAGCUUCGUCGACGACAUGAACUCCGUCAUGGACCUCGCUGAGGACAUGAUGCGUCAACUUGGCAUGGAUUUAUACCAGUCAGACACGGUCAAAUCUUUGCUGACACGGACACCCCAUUUUGGCCAAGAUCUGGCUCCGGCGGAAGAGGUUGACCGUCGUUGGCAGGGCUUGAUGCAGCCAGACUGGCCCCGUAUCACAUACACGGAAGCUAUUGACAUUUUGAAGCAGCAUAAAGACAAGUUCGAGCACAAGCCGGUUUGGGGCGCCGGCCUGCAGUCUGAGCAUGAAAAGUUCAUCGCUUCGACGGUUGGCAAGGACCGGCCGGUCUUUGUCACCAACUACCCCCGUGAUAUCAAGGCCUUCUACAUGCGCCCAACCCGGGGUCCCGGCUCCGAAGAUCCUUCCAGAGUCACGGUCGACUGUUUCGACUUGCUUGUUCCCGAACUCUGUGAAAUUGCGGGUGGGUCGAUGCGUGAGCACCAGUUGGAACCUCUGUUGGACAUCAUGACGCGUCAAGGUAUCAUCAAGUCUCCGUCAGAAACUGCAUCCGAGGACGAUUCUGGAAACGGCCUUCAGUGGUAUGCCGACCUGCGUCGAUGGGGAUGCCCCCCCCACGGUGGGUUUGGCUUGGGCUUCGAUCGGCUGCUGAGCUAUCUGUCGGGGGUUCAAACGGUGCGAGACAUUGUCUCAUUCCCACGCUGGUAUGGGCGAUGCGACUGUUAAAAGCAUGGCAUUAAGGGAUCGGGAUGUCUUUCAUUCACAUCUUUGGUGCCGUCCACUGUGCCCUCUGUGCUACCUACCUGGCCGUCAUGGCUUGCCUGCCCGCACCUCGUGACACCAUAUCACCGUCAUUCCUCUCGGCGGUUCAAGUCCCUGAUUGGAAACGCGUGAUUUUGGUUCCCCUGCCAAUACCGACGAGAUCCACCCGAAGGCGCACAUCACGCGAGGGACAUCGGCCUUCAUGUCAGAUUUGACACGGCUACUCAACAAUGGAAUCUACCCGUGUGCGACGUUACCAUCUUUACGGCCUUAGAUGAUGUUGGAAGCAGCGAACCGCUCCUCUUCACUGGGUCCAGGCGCGCGACUCCGGUUGCGUGCAUACAAAAAGUCGAGAUCAGUUGAUCUGCGGCCGGCGCGCCUUUUGCCCCCCCCUCAACCAACCUCAAAAGAUACCCAGCUCAAUCCAAGUUUUGAAUAACCACCCCCAUGGACCAUUUCCCUCCCUGACUCCCUCCCCGGGCUCAAGACAUCUUGCUACAGGGUACAUACGUUGUCGAUUUGACUGCUAACCGGUGAGCAGCUGCCGCUUUGCGUCUUGCUUGUCUCGGGCUCUCGAAGAAGCGGUCAACGCGGGGCUUGUUGGUCUUUUUAUGUGUGCGUCGGUGAGAUCACCAUGUAGAAAUCUUGUUUCAGAUGACGGAGUUUUAUUUCCUGCCCUCUUCAUUUAUUUUGAGUGCUUGAUGUUUAUGGAUGUCUAUCCUGACCGACGCCUCGUUUUGCCUGGCAGGGACAAGUGUCUUGGACCCUGAUGGACUUUUGGAGUUUGAUGAUGCUCGGCCGUAGUACUGUUGGGUACUUUUGAGGUCUUGUGGUGAUAGGAUGAGAUGUCGGCGUGCUCGCCAGUUGUCUUGUUAUGGGUGAGUAUAGUCGAGUGCCUCGUAAUGACUAUGCGAAGGAGGCACAAAUUGACCACCUCAAACAUUCCGUCCAUGGGCAUGGAGUGGAGCUGUGGAGCUGCUUUUCCACACGAUGCUGCUCCUUAAGGGGCUCAAUAACCUGGUGCUGUUGUUUUCAUUGCCUCGGCGGGGAGACAAGCGAGAAGGCACAUCGUAACCCCUGGAUGAUGACCUUUGCUCCCAACACUACCAAAAGGCCAGCCAUACAUUUCCAGUCACAACCUCCAGUUAGCAAAAGUGACCAAGUGAUAACGUCAGCGAGCUCGUGAGACAACCCACUAUGGCAACUAUCGUGGUGUUCAGCCUCAGCCUCCGCUUCUUAGACAUCCUUGUGGGCUGUUGAUAGAGAGGUCCCCUCACACAUCCUCAUCAGGUGCUUUCGUACUGAAUCCCUUUAAGCACAUCUCUCAUCAGAUAGUCUGUCAACGUUGAUAUUUCUCCUUGCAAACCUCCCCUUGACAGGGAUCUCUUUACGUCUAGAGGCUGUCACACACACAGACUAUCAUAGAAACCCUGAGACCAUAUACCUACUCAUAACAUGUACAUCAUCACAACUUGGAUAAGCUAAGUCUUUGUUCCAGCAGAGCCAUGGCCCCGUCUAACAUUAGUUCAAGAGAGGAAAGAUUCCCCUUCCACCUCGGUUCUAUCUUAUCGAUUCCCUCCUGCUCGGGCGCGAGACAAGCACGAUACCCCCCAUUGUCCACCACUCCCCUUUUCCGCCCCCAAAUCUCGAUAUACAAAGAUAAAUACUUACUCAUAUCGCAGGAAGGAUGUACAGCCGACCGAAGACGCAACGCCCCCCUCCUUCCAGAGAUGGGCUACAUUACCGAAAUUCUGUGGACAGGCUCGUAUAGAUGCACCAGUGGGGAUUCAUGGCGGCGGGGGAUGGCGGUGGUUUGUGGUGAUGAGCUUGGGGGGUUGUUGGAUCAUGGCUUCUUGACACGUCGGUGAAGGAUUCUACCCGUCUGUUGCAGUGCUUGUAUAACUUUGCAGGCCAGUGGCAAAGGGUGAUGAUGAUUUGUAGUAAUACCUAAGGUACCAAGGGGCAUGUUGAGCUGUGUUGCUCACCGGACAUCUUUUGUAGGCCUCUCUCUCUGUCUCUCUCUCCACAUCCAGAAACGCUCCUACCAAAGAGACCUUUCUCAUACCGCCAGAUUUUAUUGUAGGAGAGACGUGUCAUUAUAGGUCAUCUACAAACACAUGAACGAUGUUCCUACCAACAAGACCCUUUCCACCCCCCUGUAUUGAUGCUCAUGUUGCCCAAACCUAGUCCGUCCCAAUCACAAGAGACACCAUUCACAUCCUUCUUCAUAACAACACGCAGAAUUAUCAACUACCAAAAACUCUUGUGUUCUUACCUACUUGCUGCCAAGGCAACAAAGAGCGUUGAAUCUCGAUCUGCGUCAAUUCAACCUUUUCUGCGUGGCGUUCUCGGUUGGCUGCUACAACAACGGGAUGGCUAAUUCUUCCGCAGGGCACCUAGGUUUUCUCGUUUUACGCGAGAAUGCUUGGCCCUGUGUUUAUUCCAUCUUGGCUUUCAGUAGGGCUUGAGGUAUUUUAACCGGUCAGGUAGAGUCUCUUUAUCCAGCCUUGGAGAAGGUGCGGUUGAGUGUUGGAAGGAUUGCCUUGGCUUUGUAGAGUUCAUAGGGCUUUAUAUUGCCAGCAGAGGUGGUUGGUGCUUGGUAUAGCUUGGCUCAGGAGAUGUUUGCGGUUUUGGGGAGGUGGGAAAGGGGCUGGCGAGAAACUUGGCUUUUGAAGGGUUGAUAUUGAAUGGGUGGUUGGGCGUGUGGAUGUUGGUUGGUGGGUUGUUGAUGCCUAGAUGCAAUGGUUAUUGGAGAUGGAAAAGAGUGCUGUCUAGGCAUUUGUCAAUACGAGUGCCUAGAACUGUUCGUUCGCUGCUGCCUAUUAGCCACGUGUAAAUGUUGAAGGGCAGACUCAUGAAGGUUCCAACGGGAGUCUGAAUGCUUGGAGAGGC